AUGGCUGCCUACGUUGCCACAUAUGGCUACGGCUACAUCAAGACAGCACUCGUUGGAGGAACUUACACCAAGGAGCAGGGCCUCUUCUACGGUGGUCGUCAGCUGGAGCCUUCCCAUGUCCUGCUGCGGGAUUUCUUCAAAGAACAACUUGGCAAGGUGCCAGCGCAGGAGAUUGCAUGGGUGGAUGUCCAUACUGGGCUUGGACCACCAGGCGUAGAUGUGCUUUUGGGCAGUGGGCUAGACAAGCAGCAAAUGGAAGCUAUCUUUCCAAAAGUCGAGGGUGAGUUCGACGGAUGUCAGUGUGAGGCCUUUGGCGUCCGUGGUGUGGACCGCCGAUGUGGACAAGGAGAGCUGGAAGUGAACAACGCUAAGUUCUCCUCAUCGCAGUCCGCUGGUUAUGAGUACACUGUCGGCGCAUUGUCUGGAGAUUGGGUGACCGAGUGGUUCCCAAAGGGUUCCGGAAAGGUGCUGCUGGUUCAGCAAGAGUUCGGAACCCUCGCCUCCCUGAGUGUGGCAAGAGCCUUGAUGCUGGAGAACACUGGCUUCCAUUAUGACAGGGGCAAUCAUGAUUUCUGGCGGACCUUCACGCAAGAUGCCUUCUACGUGAGGACAGACGUCUGGAAAGAGAAAGUCCUCCGACGCGGCAUGGAUGUGUUCCAGAAGAUGGCGAAGAUGCUGUCAUCGUGA